UCAGAACUGAUUUCCCAGAAAACGUCAAUGUGAGAGCGCUGUGAGUAGUGCAGAUUCAGAAUUAGCCAGUCUUGUUUGAUAACUUACCACUCAACAGCAGAAUGAUUUGAUAAUGAACACAUGGAUCUCUGCCAACAAUAUUAUUUCAAGCGGAUUCAAUUUGAUGUUGCCACAGAAACAUAAUUCCCAGUUCGAGGACGUGAACAGCUUCGAGUUGAAGGUCACGUGUCAUCACAAAAUACCGCCCGUCCCGGCUCAGAUUUCAGACCUCACUGUGAUUGAAAAGUCCUGCCAUCAGUGACCUCCUCAUGUGCAUCAUCUUUUUGAAAUUUGACCCUCGGCCUGCAUCUAAAAAUGCCUACAGGCUUAUUCUGGCUGCUAACAGAGAUGAGUUGUACAACAGGCCAUCCAAGGCUGCAGACUUCUGGGGCAGCAACAAUGAGAUUCUCAGCGGUUUGGACAUGGAAGUAGGGAAGGAAGGUGGCUCAUGGCUGGGAAUUAGCAAGCGAGGAAAACUGGCAGCACUGACCAACUACAUGGAGUGGCGGCAAAAUCCUGAUGCUCAAGGGAGAGGAUCCUUGGUGUCUAACUAUUUGACGGAUAACUUGGACAGUUUUGCUUACCUCCGUAAACUUUCUUCAGAGGGUCAUUUAUAUAAUGGCUUCAAUCUCCUGACUGCUGACUUCAGGGCCAAUGAAGACACGUUGUGUUACUAUGGAAACAAGGGCAGUUCAGAACCCAUUCAUCUGAAAGCAGGAAUCUAUGGGUUGAGUAAUUCACUUCUAGAAACUCCAUGGAGAAAACUGCAGCAUGGCAAACAACUCUUCAGCAGUGUAGUGGGUAAAGCACUGCCUCCUAAUGGCUUAAUACAAGAACUGCUGCAUAUUCUCAAUAAUGAAGAACUAAACAGCCCAGACUCAGCACAGGAGAGUCAAGGUGUGGGUUACACUAAAGCUAUGCUUCAGGCUUUUUCUGCAGUGUGUGUGCGGACACCAGGAUACGGCACAAGGACCAAUACGGUAAUCCUUAUCGACAGAGAGGGGAACGUGAGCUUCACGGAGCGUACCAUGCUAAACUGUGACGUCACCCAGUGGAGCACCAAUACCUUCAACUUCAAACUGCAGGAAUGAGGGCCAGAAAAACCUCACGUUGUGCCUUUGUCCCAAUGCUAAAGCCAUGAUGUAGCACAAAUCUUUCCUGAAUUAGUGCUAUUCAGAAUUGUUUUAAAUUAUUGCUACGGCGGUGUUUUCAGAGAAAGCUUCAUUUGUAAUUUCCUUGGUAAUUUUUGGUUUCCACUGAGGGGGAUGUGAUUUUGAGUGCAUGAGAUUCUCUCUGCAUCUCGAAAUUAUUUGAGGCAUGAAGAAUGUGAAGCGAUGUGAUUCCUCUCCACAAUUAAUUCACUCGACCCUUGUUUAUCAGUUGUCAUUAACAUGGAAUGUUGGAGUAGACUGGGGAACAAAAUGUUUACUGCCAAAGAAUUAUAAUGUCAGUCAGUCGUUUAUAAACAGAACUAAAUAAAUCAUCUUGCACAAUAUACUGUUAACUUUACUUGACUAAUAGGUCCAAUAUUUGUUCACUGUAAUAGCAGAACUUUCACUCAGGAACACAUUGAAAAAUUACUGCCAAAAAUAUGAAGGAAAAAGAUAAGAUUAGGUAUUAAAGACUAAUCUGUGUUUUUAGGCAUUCGUUUAGAAAUCAUCCAAUAACUGUUCGAAGUUUGAUGUCUGUAAAAACCACAUGGCAUGCUUUCUGCUUUCUGGAACCUCAUAUUAACGGGGACAUAUCAUCAAAAUCUAAAGGGCUCAAAUUGGGUCCCCAGUGCUUCUAUCAACCUAGAAAAUUUGAAAAGAUUAAUUUAGUAACUUAGUUUUGGCAAACCAUUCUCUGCAAUCAUGGGAAAAAAUAGGUAAUCUAGAUCUGGCUCCCCUUGUGAUGUCAGAAGAGAAUAAUACCGCCCCUUAAUCUGCUGCACUAUCCCAACCACAGCACUGCCAUUAAGAGCAGAGAUCAGCUCAUUUGCAAUUUUAAAGGAUACACUUAAAAACAGCACAUUUGUGUUCACACCUACAAAGUGGCAAAUUUAACAUGCUAUAAUAAAUUAUCUAUAUGGUAUUUUGAGCUAGAACUUCACAUUCAUACUCUGGGGACACCAAAGAUUUGUCAUUUUUAAAAAGUAUUGUGAAAUAUCCCCAUUUGAUGUAAUUUCUAUGGCAAAUGGCAGCUUGCCUGAUAUUAAGCUUUACAUUUAAAUUUAGAUCAUCAUAGUCUUUAAUUUGUGUAUUGCAACUUAUUACUCAUUCAAAACCUUGACUUUGACUUGACUUCUAUUUAUUAUUUUGAGCAUGUCCAAUUUAUUAUUAUUUAUUUUAUUUUUUGUAUGAUAGUUCAGAGACUCAUUCGUACCCUGACCUAAAUAUAUUGUCUAAACACCAUUUUAAUACCAAGGUAAGUUUUUUUCCCUACGUGUAGCUUAGGUAUUCUCUGUGCAUCGCAGUGAGCUAUAUUGGCAUCUCUUGUCUUCAUUUGUGUCUUCAAGCAUUUGCUUUUCAAUGCAGACUUAGUUACUAAACUUUGAGCACACAUUACAUAACAUGAAAAUGAUGGGAUUGUAUAACAUGUUGCAACUGCCAUUUUAUGGUGGUCUGCUGCCAUCUAGUGUUGUAGGCAUAACUGUAGUGCGUUGAUGUACAUGAAAUGAAAUCAAUACCUGAUGUUUUGUUUGCAAUAUGUGAACAUUUUCUUCAUUUGUGAAAGCUUAAUUUAUGUGAAUUAUUCUUUUAAGAGAAUUAUAAAAAGACGUUUUAAAAGAAAUGUCAUUAAAAUGUAAUGGUUAAAUAAGUUACACUUUCAUAACCACAUUGUUUUAAGGUGACAAUAAAUUAUUUUUUUCUUUA